CUGGACUGUCCUCAAGAGUAAGGAAACUUUGUAGAAGCGAGAUUUACAGAUUAUCUAGCCUGUUCCAAAUUGGAUAUUUUUAAGUCAUAUAUUUUAAAAGUGAAGGCGGGUAACUGCAUCCGGUUUUUCCGCCUGCAGCCUCUGUAGUCCACUUCAGGCAGAGUGAAAUACUACAACUCCCGAGCAUCUCCCCGCCCGCUGCAAAGCGACGUGACCCCAGCCAGUGGAGUUGAAAAAGCAGGAGUUUCACCCUAGUCGUUCCACUGUCGAGGGCUUCUCCAUGACUGACAACAUGUCAGCAGCGGCAACAAAAUUCCGUCUGGCGCUUAUUCAGCUCACAGUGUCACCUCUGAAAGCCAGUAACCUCAGCAAAGUCCGAACAUUGGUGAAGGAAGCAGCAUUGAAGGGGGCAAAGGUUGUAGCACUCCCUGAAUGUUACAAUUCUCCAUAUGGAACAAAUUAUUUCCCAGAGUAUGCAGAAAAAAUCCCAGGCGAGUCAACUCAAGUGUUGUCUGAAGUAGCAAAGGAUAAUGGGAUUCACCUUAUUGGAGGUUCCAUUCCAGAGGAAGAUGGUGGGAAGUUUUACAACACCUGCACAGUGUUUGCACCAAAUGGAUCCAUGUUGAUGAAAUAUAGAAAGAUUCACUUAUUUGAUAUUGAUGUACCUGGGAAAAUCUGUUUCCGGGAAUCCAAGACACUUUCUCCUGGGAACACAUUGUGUACCUUUGACAUGCCCUAUUGCAAGGUUGGGAUUGGGAUCUGUUAUGAUAUGAGGUUUGCAGAACUUGCUCAGAUUUACACAAAAAGAGGCUGCCAACUUCUAGUUUAUCCAGGAGCGUUCAACAUGACCACAGGACCAGCCCAUUGGGAGCUCUUGCAAAGGGCGAGGGCUGUUGAUAAUCAGGUUUAUGUAGCAACAGUUUCACCAGCACGAAAUGAGAAUGAUUCCUAUGUGGCCUGGGGUCACAGCAGUGUAGUAAACCCAUGGGGUGAAGUUGUAGCCAAGGCCGGUCAUGAUGAGACUAUUGUUUAUGCAGAUAUAGAUUUGAAUUAUCUUUCAGACAUUCGUGAACAGAUACCAGUUCUAAAGCAGAAACGACAUGAUCUUUAUAGUGUGCAGGCAAUGCAAGAUUAAGAAUCACAGUCUCAAGAUUAUACUCAGAAGCAGUAGAUGAAAUACAAAUCUUCCAAUUACCUCAUCAAUUUAUUAAUAGAUGUGAAAUGCAUUGAUUUAAGACUGUAGGUACAGAAAACAUCAGUUCUCUUGCUUAGAAUUAUGGAUUAUUAGCAGCAACUUGUAAUAAAGUCUUCAGUCUUAAAUGACAAAUCAGUGUUUAAAUGUCAUAUGAACUUAAAAUUUAAAUUACAAUUUUAUACUGUAUAAAUGUUUUAUACUCUUGAAGUAUGUUGAUAGCAAAUUGUAGAUUCUGAGGGGCUUUUACAAUGGUAGCGGUGGGGAUUCUUAGCAGUAAAAAGAAUGUUUAUCAAGA